GUUGUAUUGGUUAUUUUGAUAAAAUGUUAAAACUAAAGUGACACAACUUAAGAACCAUUUACGAUUAAGUCGCCCCCUGACACUGGAGAUCGCCGCAUUGGCAACACCCCCUCCUUUCGCACGGCCCUGGUUACGACAUUGUCAUGUUAUAUGAUGAAAUACAUCGAAGCAUUAUCGUUAUUCUGUGUGCAUGAUGUCCAGUGCGUGGCUGUGAGUGACAAUACUCAAGAUACUGUCAUUGGUCACAAUAUGCUAAGUUAAUUAAUAUGUAAUUUUAUCAUUGUAGACUGUAGUCACAGGCAUACCCAACAAAUUGACAAGACUGAUGAUACAUGUAACAUUUAACAACUCAAAAAGCAAAACCAAGGAAAAUAUUCAAGGGAAUUUCAGAUUAGACGAGGCCUAAGACAGUGAGACUCUUUCUUGUGCUAUUUAAACCUAACAUUAGACUUAGAGAGAGUUAUUAGAAGCUUAUCGCAUACCAUACGUAAAUAUUGACACCAGAGGAACAAUAACACGAUACUUUCUGAGGGAAACCCAAGACCCACAACCAAUGAGCCCUCUCUAAAAUCAAUCCCUUCAGUAUCUUGCAUGUGCUGAUGAUAUAGCACUGCUAGAGAAAAGUAUUAAUUUAAGACAUAUCAGAGUCCUUUAUUGAAUUAGAAGACACAUCACCACAAGCAGGGCUGGAAAUUAACAACGAAAAAACAAAAUUCAUGACUAUGAUAAGAGAAGAACGGACAGAUGAAGCCAUUAAAAUUAGAAACCACACCUUUUGAAAGGUAAAUCAAUUCAAAUACCGAGGAUAUUUAUUAAAUGAAAGAAACAAAUUACUAGCAGAAAUAAAAGAAAGAAUAUCAGCAGGAAACAGGGCAUACUUCAAUAGUUAGAAAAUACUCAGACGUAAAAACAUUACAAGAGAAGCAAAGAAAACUAUUUAUGAAACUAAUCAGACAAGUUGUAACAUAUGCAAGCAAAACUUGGACCCUAACAAAAACGGCAGUAAACCUAUUAAACACAUGGGAGAGAAAAGUUCUCAGGAAAAUAUUAUGACCAACAAAGAAUGAAUAUGGAUAGUGAAUACAAACCAACCAUGCAAAUGUACAGUCUAUAUCAGGAUCCCAUGAUAGCAGAAAUUAAAAGGGUAGGCUACACUGGGCAGGACACUGAGAGAGAAUGACAGAGGAGUGAAGAGGGUGCAUCACCAAAACCCCAGAGGAAAACGACUCAAAGGCAGACCUAGGCUUAGAUGGAUGGAUGAUGUGGAAAAAGGUCUACAACAACUGGGAAUCCAAGCAUGGAAAAGAAAAGCAUUAGUUAGGUCUGAGUGGAAAGAAGCAGUGAGGCAGGCCAAAGCCCUACGUGGUCUGUAGUGCCACAGGGAUGGAUGGAAAACUGUAGUCACAGUAGACUUUAGAAUGAAAUGGUGAAAUACUCAUUUAACUCGACUUCAUUAAAAAUAGGAAAUGGUGAUAAUAUAAUAUAUAUCAGGAGUUUAUUUCUCAUGUGCAGCAACUGACCACUUUCUUUAGUUAGUGGAGAUUUUCAUUGUCUUGGCUCUACAUGACUUUUGCCUCUAAAUAGGAUCCCUAUCGCCCACUUAACAUCAUAUAUUCAAGUACAUUUCCUUUUAAUUAGACAAUACGUACUUAAAUGUCUGUUGCCAUUUUUGUCUUCAGAGCGUCCCUGAUUACACCUUCAUUCCAGGUGGUCUGAAUAUUGGUUCACAAAUUGUAGUGAGGGGCAGAGUAGGUUAUGACCAAGAAAGGUAAAGAUCAAAUUUUCAAAUUUGUUGUUGCUUUAGUUUUUAAUUGAUAAUGUGAGGUCAAAGUUGAAAGCAUAGCUGAAAUUUGUUUUUGCAACUCUAAGUGGUGGUCACAGGCAAGCAAGCACUCAACCUCUGGUCGGUCUUCAGAGGGUAAAAAAAUGUUUUCAAAAGAUAAUUAAAAAAGUGAGAACCAGUCCUUACUACAUGCACGAUGUGGAUAAUUCGUUCCAUAAAAGUUUUAGAAUCCCAGAUCUGAAAUAUAAAGAAACUUUUAUUAUAAUAUUUAUAAAGUUAAUUCAUAGGCUGGAAUAUUAGAAAAAGAGCAAUCAGAAAAUUAUUUUUUUAGAUACUGCUUACUUUUUAUGGACUCUUUCUUCUGGCAUUUUCAUAUUGUGCGUCCAGCUUAAUUUUGUUGACACAUGUGACCCCCUUGUUUGGUAGAUUCAGUCUUCUUCGUGCAGGGUGCGUCAGAGGAAUGACACAGCUGGGUCUGCUGGUUCGAGGGGGUUAGGUUGGUAAGUGAGGGGGAAACAACAAAAAAAGGGUAAUUUAAAAGGAAACAACCCUACCCUUUCCUUUACAAUAACUAAUGAUUUUAUCAUCAAUGUAUUACAAAUCAACUUUUCAUUUCAAGAUUUCACAUCAACCUCCAAAAUGAGCAAGAGGAUGGGUGUGAUGUGGCGUUCCAUUUCAACCCUCGAACAGAUUCUCAAACUGUGGUCCGUAACUCCCACCAGGGUGGAUGGCAGGGCGAGGAACUGGACAUUCCUUUCUUCCCCUUCUCACAAGGCUCAAAAUUCACCAUCAGGAUCUAUGUUGGUCCUAAUGCAUAUGUCAUAUUGGUUAAUGGACGCUACUUCAUCGAGUUUAACCAUCGAUUGUCUUACCAGGCUGUCAGAUACCUGAAACUCAGCGAAGGGGCCGAGUACUAUGAAUCCACCAUUCAGAACUCUUGUGUAAGUUAACUGAAAAAUCUAAAUCAUUAAUGAAUAUCGGUGGUAGAUAUAUAAGUCGUAUAUGACCCAUUUAUAACAAUUAAUCUCCAUAAAAUUGUUGAGAAAAGCUCAUUGUAUAUAAUGAAUUUUUAAAAAAAUAAUUUCUAUGUUUGUUAUUUCUGAAACCAUUUUUAUAAAUUUGAAAAUGACCUAUUUACUGAUAUUUUUUUUAAAAGUAAUAAAAUUAGAGCUUCCUGAAAACCAUUUUUUUUUUAAUUUCCAUGAUAAAUUUGUGUAAGGGUGUGGGUUGGAAAGCUUUUUAAAAGGCUUCCAUUUAGUUCCAAAUUUAUAUAGGUUGAGUUUCAUUUUUUUGGUUAAAAUCUGUGUUUAAUCUCUGUACACAUAACCUGAUGGAGCUCAAAUUAAUUCUUCUCCAUACAAAACAGCAUGUCCCGUACCGAGGUGAGUUUCCAGGAGGACUGAAAAUGGGUAAAGCCCUUAGAGUCAGGGGAUUCGUCAAUGACAAUGCUGAUAGGUAAGAACAAUUUUUUUUUAAUCAAAUGUUCUAUAAGAUGUGUCAUGUAGCUCUUACCACCAAAUGGCAGAAAGAGGGUUAUGACAAAAUCUGUGGCUACAAACAAUGAAAAUUUAUCAAUCUAAAAUUUUGAAAUUAUAAAUUUUGGAUGCUAGCAUUUGGAUUAAAUUUUCCAAUUACAAUGCCCACUUGUUUCACAUUUAAAAACAACUUCACACUUGAAUUGAGUUGUGUUUCUGCUUAUAAAGGAAAGCUAAAAUUUAGUCCCCAGCUUAUAUUUGAAACAAAAUUUCUUUCAAUCUAAUCUAAGAAGAAAAGAGUUACUCAUGUAUUUUUAACAGAUAAACACAUUUCUGAAAAUAUAUAAUUCACCACUAAGACAUAUUGCUAUUUUGUGUGUUUUUUUCAGUUUUGUAUUUGAAUAUUUUAUACAGAUUUCAAAUUAACUUUAAUGCUGAUUAUGAUGGAGAAACUGUUGGCAUUCAUUUCAAUCCACGACAAGACCAGGAGGAUGUUGUUCUGAACUCAAAAGUUGGAGACUGGCAAGGAGAGGAGAGAGGGCAGGGGUGGUUUCCCUUCCAGAGAAGUCAGUUCUUUGACGUUCUUUUUAUUGCAUGGGAUGGAAAGUUUAAUGUAAGUUGUUUGUACCGGUAAUGGAAAGUUUACUUGUUGUAUACCCAUUACUAAUAAACAUGCAAUAGUGCAUCCGUGAAAAUAAAAGGUUGGAAAUAGAAUUAAAAAAUCAUGAUAUAAAAUUAAAAUAUUUUUGCAUAGGCUUACAAUCUAUUUUUAAAAAAAUGUAAAAACUAGGGUCGGAACGUCUUGAUGCUCCUACCCUGGCCUUAACUAUCCAACACUUAAAUUAAGUUACACGUAUUAACUUUUCUUAUACUAUUAUCUACUCUGAAUGUGUUGAAGUACUUGAAGUGAGUAAAAAAAUAAAAUCAGAAAAUAUUUAUUAUUUUAAAUUAAAAUAUUCCUUGAAUUUUUACUAAUAAUUAUUUACUCUCUUGUUAAUAAUAUAUUUUAUGCCACCUUGAUUAUUACGUUUUACAUGGCAUGAUCUUAAUAAAGUGGACAGAAAUAACUAGAAACUCGAAAGUGGCACGGAUUAUGUAAAUUGACCAUAACUUUAUUUCUUUUUUAAUAAUGAAUAAAAAGUUCUUGUCAUAUGUCUUUUUAGAUUUAUGUGAAUGAGAAAUUCUUCACUUCAUAUGCUUUUCGCAUUCCACCUGAGGACAUUUUCUUCCUAGACAUCAAUGGGGAUGUUACUCUAAUGGAUGUGGAGUUUACAGAUCCUUUGGUAACUGAAGUUAUUUUUCUGAUUGUACACAGAUAAUUAUGCCUUCUUAAGAAUAUUUUUUGUUAAAUACAUCGUUUACAUAAGGAUUAAAUCUUCACUUCAUAGCAUGUAACAGAUGUCAGCCUUGGGGUAGGAGAAUUUUAAAUAGAUUUCAGCUUUAUUAUAAUUUAUUAACUAUUGUUAAUUUAUAUUGUUUUGUUUUUUACUUUGAAUUUGAAAAAUAGCAAAGGAGCAAAAAAUUAUUUUUUAUAAUCUAGAACUGCUAUAAGAAUUUCAGUGUUCCUGUCUUUGUGGUGUUUAUUUUUAUGAAAUGAUUAUAAAUGGAGCAAUAUAAUAUUGCAUAUUAUCUAAUGGUUCAUUAACAUCACAAUUACUAUCAAUGACUUUUAAUGACUCAACUAGUCUUUUGUAAAGAAAUUGUUCAAAUGAUAUUUAAAGUUUUAUCUUGUGACCAAGGACAUUUUCUCAGAUUAAUAACAAUAACACUUUUAUAAUAACUUGAUGGGGUAACACAACCAAAUUGUGGUGUAGUAUGAGAUGAGGUGUGUAAUCUAUAAAAAUUGUGCACUUGGUCAUGUAUGCACCAAAAGAAUACGUUUGUAACCCACAGCGCUGUGUACCAACUUUUGGUUGUUUUACUAAGCAUUUAUGGAUAUAUGGAGCGCCAUCUGGAAUCAUCAUCAUCAUACUACAUUGCAAAAUAAAUGAUAAAUUGAUUUUAAAAAUUGAUAUAAUAAAAUUUCAUUUCUUUUACAAAAGCUACAAAAGCUUUAGUUAAGGGAGUUCGGCUGUAAAAAAGUAAAAUUGGUUAAAUUGUAUUACCUUUCUUGAGCAGGGCGAACAAAUUUCCACUCUACAAUUAUUAUUAUAGAUGAUGAAGUAUUACUAAAAAAAUUAAAUCAGUUACUGCCCCCUGAUCAAAAUAGUUUGAGCUCUCUGUUAGUCAAUAAAAUAUUUCGUGUUGGUCUUUCAGCCAGAUGACUACAUCAAACACAUUCCAUCUGGCCUGGAAAAGAGUGAUCUCAUUGUUGUGAAAGGUUUCUUUUAUCCAGAAGGCCAGAGGUAACUUUGAACUUAAUGUGACCAUCUGAAUUUAUUGAAUCAAAGACUCCUUCCGUACUUAAACUAACCAAACUCAAACUUUCUCAGCUUAUUUUGCAAAACUUAACAUCGUGCAUUUAGUUGUGAGCAAUGUAAAUAUGGCCUUAUAUCCAUUUCAGUCAAGUUAAAGAAUCUGAAUAAGCCCCUUUUUAUAAAAUGAGAAAUUUCUUUAUACAGAUAUAGCUGGUAUAAGAUAAGAUUGCUCUGUUUCCAUAAUUGUUAAGUUUUUUUUUUUUUUUUUUUUUUUUAAAAUAUAAAAUUUUUUUUUUAUUUUUUUUUUUUUUUUUUUUUUUUGUUAAAAUAUACAAUUUCGUUUUUAGAUUUGCCCUUAAUCUUCUCUAUGGCACCACACUUGAUGAUGAUAUUGCACUUCACUUCAACCCCCGUCGCGAUCAAGGGGAAGUUGUGCUCAACAGUCGAGAGGGAGGAAACUGGGAGGAGGAAGAAAGACACAGCCUUCCCAACCCCAUGGUUGAGUUGUUACCCUUUGAGGUGGAGAUUGUCAACAAAAGCAAGAAGUUCAAGGUUUAAAAAAACAACAUAUUGUUAAAAAAUACAUACAAUAACAAAUAUAUUCAAUCUACUUUAAACUCCAGAUUUUGAAUCAGUCUGCUUAUGUCAGAUGAAAUAUUAUGGGGUAGAAAGAAAACUGAAUAUUCCAAAGCUCCCCAUGAAACAGGGCAAAACAGCGAAACCUUUCUUUUAAUUUGUUAGUGUUUCAUUAUAAUGUUAUGUUUUAUUAGUUUCUCAGAUGGAAUUCAAUAAGGAUUUUAUUCUAAAAUAAUUACAUGAUUAUUUCCUCCUUGCAUUUCAUUUGGACAGUAUCAUGUUUAUCUGAUAAUGUUUUUUCUUUUACUCAGAUUUACAUCAAUGGUAAAAAAUUCACCAGCUUCAAAGCAAGAGGUGCUGUUGACAACAUCAAAGGAAUUAAUGUGAAUGGAGAAGCAUUCAUUUAUGAAGUUAAACUGCUAAGAAGAGUUGUAAGUUAGCAAGUACACAAAUGCAUCAACUUCUGGUUCAAAGAAUGUUAUAUUUAUAAUUUAUAGGCCUUCAUGUGGACAAAAUGUAGGCUAGACAAAAAAAAAUUAAAAAGUGUUGUUUUUUUUAAUCAGGUAAACUUGAUUAGACGUCUACAUGGCAAUAUGCAGUAUUUAAAAUACAUUUGGUUCACUCUUCCAAAAUCUAUAUUUUGUUUACCAUUUCAUAUAUUUGUUUAGCUUUUAUUGUUAGGUCUGACUCUAAUUGGUCAUAUUCAUGGUGAUGUAAUGAUCCACUGUACAUGUCGAUUUUUUAAAAUAAGAUAUAAAACUGUGAUUAUAUAACUUAUAUUGUAAUUUUGUCAUAAUAUAUUAUAUUAUCUCUUUCUGUUUUCUUUUCUUUUUUUUCUUUUUUAAAUCGAUAUCGCCAUGAAAAAAUGUUUUUAUCUCUUCUUGUAGGAAAAGCCAUUUGUGGACAGGCUCCCUGGAGUUCUGGAACCUGGCUCAUGGAUCUCCAUCAUCGGUACACCAAAAAAGAAAGCUGAACGCUUUGCUAUCAAUCUCCAAUGUGGGGAUGAUGCUGAUUACGGAAAUGAUGUUGCUUUCCACUUCAACCCCCGCUUUGCUGGGGAGGACUCUAUCAGAAACACUUUAGAGAAUGGUUCAUGGGGAGAAGAAGAGAAGGAACAACCCAAUUUCCCAUUUGAACCUGAAGAUAAAUUUGAGAUCAACAUUUUGAGAUUGUCUGAUGUCUUCAGAGUAAGUUGUUUACACAUUUAUCUCUUGAAUUGUAUUCAUCAUAGAAGUGAACAUUUCUAAGUGGUGGCUGACAUUAACUAUAAAAUAAGUGUUAAAGUUAUUGAUUUUCCAGACUUUCUAAAACUUGAAAUAAUUUAAUAAAUGAACUUCAAUGAUUAUUUGCUUUCUUAAUUUCAGGUUUUUGUCAAUCGCCAGUUUUACAUUGACUAUGCCCAUAGAAUCGAUCCAAGCCGUAUUUGCCACCUAAUGUUGAAUGGCGACUGCAAUUUCUUUGAGCCUGAAUUUUAUUAAAAACCAAACCUGAAAGCAUCCAUUACUUUGACUGAAGUUGUGAGGCUUUUUUUUUUAUAUGCGAUUAUAAUGUAACCAAUAGCUUUCAUAAUUUUAUUUCUAAAUUUUAAUAAUAGAAUGAUUAAAAAAUGUUUCUGCAUAACUUUCUUUCGUUAUUUCCAAGCAAAAAUGUAGGUGUUUAUAAAGGCUUCGGAAGAUAAAUUCAAAUACCUGUACGUUUAUGAUAGUGCUUACUCUAUUGAAUAUAUUUACUCUAAUUGAAAAAUAAUAAUUUAAUAAUUAAAACUGCUUUGUUGACUUGGCCUGUCAAAGGUACAAUUAAAUUAGUUAAUAAUUCCCAAUUGACACCAUGUUAACAGUCUUAAAUUGAAUAACGCCACUCCUCUUUAAUAUUGUACAUUUUAUGUGCCUUUCCAUUUCAAAAUAUUCCUUUACAAUUACUUAUAUGUGCAUUCUUUGAUAUAUCAAAAAAAAAUUAUGAACAGACUAGCAAAAAAAAUGAAGCUAGAUAGUUGAACUACUUACUUGGCACUGGCAUUUAAUUAUGUGAAUUAAUAAAUAUAUAUGAAUGGCUACAA